AUGGUGAUGAUGAGCCUGGAGCUGACCGACGUCCUGCCGUUCAAGACGGUCUACCUCCACGCCAUGGUCCGGGACAAGUUCGGCCGCAAGAUGAGCAAGACCCUCGGAAACGUCAUUGACCCUCUAGAGGUAUACAGGACUAAGUUGUAA